AGUGACAACUAGUUGUGUCGUGUUCGUGGCUCCCUGAUUUCGCAGGAGCAAGAAUUAGUUGCUAAUAUUCUUUCUUUCAUCAAUUCUGCAAUUACAUUCGAACAAUUCUGAAGAUAAUUUGGUGGGUAUAGUUCGGAAACUAAUAUUCCCUCGUUUACUAAUUUUCACAAUCGUGAGGGUGUGAAACUUUUGGGUUUGGCCGUCGCGUGAUGAAAAACUCAAUCGGUCGUGUAUGUUGACAUUCUGCUGCCAUUAGCUCGAGUGUACAAUAUUUAUAGUGAUCAAUAAAGGAAUUUGGUAAAUAUUCAAUCGCUUGUGUGUUACGAUCGGGUGAAGGAAUUUUUCCACCGAUUAGUUGGCGCGAUGGUGCUGGCUGUUUAGCCAUCCUCCUCGUAGUUUCAAGAAUAAUCUAUAGGAGUAGAAUGAUGAACUAGGGAUUGGAUUACCUUGAAAUAUAAGUUGGCUAAUAGAAGAAGACGGACAUUGGUGCUAAAUUGUGAAAAAUAAUACCAGAAAUCGAGUGAGAGAAAGGCAAAAAAAGUGGCACAGUGUAAUCGAAAAAAAGCAAAGAGACGACAAGUAGUGAAACAGUGAUGAUAAGGCUUACCGAAGCGAGCUAUUAGCGUUCAUCUAUUGGCCAGAGAAGUGGGGGUUCCCAUAGCGAGAUGGGAGUCUGUUUGUGCAAGGAUAAGGUGGAGGAAGGCUAUCUGAAUGAAAACAGUCGUGAUUCGUAUACCGCAAGUGGGCACGAUGGUGAUAAUGGCAGAGUGGGGCUGGCCGGUAGUCAUCUUGGGACUCAAUCCUUUGGCCGCUUGGCUUCAAUGAUGGAUACGGUGGACGAGCUGGUAAAGGAAACGCUGGAAAUAAUUGGAUCUAUUGUUGACAAUGAACCCGAACCGCCCAAUUCGAUGAUUAUGCUGCACGACAUCACCGACAAACCGUCAGGUUGGAUCCAGUUGGUGAAAUCACUGAUCCGAGUAGUCCCAUUGGAGCACCCGAUGGGUCCGAGCGUUAUCACACUGCUAUUAGACGACAGUCCGCUACCAACAAAAGAUUCCGUACUUGAGGUAGCUGAUAUGAUAACCCACUCAAUCCGGCGUACACCGAAGCGAGAGCGAAACCUUUGCGUUGUAUUAGGCUGUUUGGCAGAGAAACUUGCCGGCCCAAGUAGCAUAGCAGUGCUUUCCGAUAUAACGCUUGGCUAUCUGCUGGGGAAUUUGGACGAAGGCAUUCAUCCGGAUGUGAUGCUGUUCUCACUGAUAGCAUUGGAGAAAUUUGCACAGACAAGCGAAAACAAGGUCACCAUCAAGCGCAAACUGGCUCUCUACCCGGAAAACCCUUUGACACGGCUCGAAAGACACACCGAGAGUAAAAUUUUCAUCCUUAGACAAGUUGGAUUCUGUGCCCGGUGGUGCCUGGACAAUUAUUUCCUUAUCGACGGUCGCAAGUACUCGUACGAAGUGACGGACAUGAGCAACGUGAAUGUCAUGUUGAACACGCGGGACGUGAGCGAGUACCUGAAGAUUUCACCGGACGGUCUGGAGGCACGCUGCGAUGCGUACUCGUUCGAGAGCGUACGCUGUACGUUCCAGGUAAACACCGGCUGUUGGUAUUACGAGGUGCUGAUUAUUACCCCCGGGGUAAUGCAGAUCGGCUGGGCCACCAAGGAUUCCAAUUUUCUGAGCCACGAGGGUUACGGUAUAGGUGAUGAUGCGUACUCGAUAGCGUUCGACGGUUGCCGGAAGCUAAUCUGGCACAAUGCCCGUUCGAUGCCGCACGAUCUGCACAUAUGGAAAGGUGGGUCAAUUUUGGGCUGUCUGCUCGAUCUGGACGCACGGGAGGUGAUAUUCAGUUUGGAUGGCAUCGAGGGUGGGGUGCUAAAACAGGUGUUCGGCAGUGCGAGAGAUGGUUUCUUUGCGGCGGCUUCAUUCAUGUCGUUCCAGCAGUGUAGGUUCAAUUUUGGUUCGACGCCGUUUGUGUAUCCGCCAAAAAAUAGACAGUACCUAAGCUUCAAUGAUCACGCACAGAUGAAGGAUCCAGAUAAAAUCGUUCUUCCGCGACACCUUUUCCUGGAGCAACUGCGAAAGCUGAGCGUUCGCGACGAUUCCUGUACACUCUGUUUUGACAUGAAAGCAUCGAUUCGGAUAGAACCCUGUAAACAUCGUGGCUUUUGCACGAAUUGCGCCGCUCAGCUUCAGUUUUGUCCCAUGUGCCGAGCUGAAAUAAUCAGUACCGUACAGGAAGUGACACUAGACAGCCCCGUAUCGGAAGAUGUUGCGAUGCCGACUUGAUAGCGACCGGUAGAGAACCGGGUAUGAAAGGGUUUCGAGUGUACGUAUAUUUGCGCGAAUAAAGCAUGGCGCACAAAUUAUUUUGGAAUUUCAAGAAAAAUUGAUUAAAGAACACAGAGAAAACGUUUGUGAUAAUAUUAAUAUUUAACAAUAGCUAUUUCUUGUUUUAGUCAUGCUGUUGCAGAAACAAACCUAAAUAAAUCUGAGCUAAAAGUUUGCCAUUUAGUUAUCCGGGGUUUGGUAUAGAAUAUUCUGAACCAAUGAUCGACACGUACUUAAACUUAUGGCAAAUGUAAUAUUACAACCGAGCGAGGAUCCCGUAAAUUUCCAUUUGAGAAAUGCGUCUUCCUAAUCCGAAGAGAAGGUCGUCGUUGUAAUAUUUUCAGUGGGUCAAAUUGCAGAAUAAUUCAAUCUGUUAAAAUGUUGUUACUCGUUUUUUGCUUCUUGACGACAGUCGCAUGGUUAGCGUUUAAAAAUAAUAUUCGAAUGUUAAUCUUCAAGCCAUUCGUUCUUUUAAGGUAGAUUUAAAAAAAAGAAAACCUCAUAAGUUUAAUCACCUACCUAGAACUUAUAUUCAACAUUGAAAAUGGUCAUACCAUGUAUUUCGUUUUGCUGACAUCCGAGACUCAGUUACAGCUAGCAUUUUGUCAAAUGAUAUCACAAUUCAAACCUGUCUUCUACACAAGAAACCGAUACAUACAUCGCAAAUUGAUAGAAAUGGAACAACUGCACGGAAACGAAAUGACUGAUAUAUUUUUGUACGACCUGUUAACAAGCACAAAUAAUAGAACAGAUCAGCUAGGCUCUAGCUAGGCCAGAAGAGAGCAGCACAUUGUGGUUGAACGAGUAGUUUGCAAGAAUUGAGUAAUAACAUAGUGAUUGACUAUAUUUGAAAUUAAUAGAAUACAUAUAUGAAGUAUCGUGUACCGAA